AUGAAACCGGAGUUAGAGAUAUGGCUUGGCGAUGACAUUCAAAGCAUCACGAAAUCCGAUAUUCGCUCUCCGUUCACUGACCUGCAUGGUGCGAGUGCUGUGUGGACAAUAUCGACGAAUUCGGGUGUGACGGAUAUGUAUCUCUACAGCAAUCAUGUACAAGGUCUACAGCCUACUCAACCACGUAUUCGCUUCUUUGGUUGGAAAACCGCGAAUCUGCCGCAGAGUCAAAACUCGGAGCGAUUGAACAUUUGGUCCGCCCCAAUGGCAGGUUCGCUUGUGAGAUCCUGUGCUCAGGAAAUUUUUGCAUCAUUUCUCACAAGUAUUCUUGACAUUGUAGACAGUUGUGGAGAUGUUUAUGUCGAGGAAGGUGAAUCGAUUAGGCUUGAGAACGGCCUGGUGUCUGAGAUUGUUGCACUUUUCACGGAGAUGCAAUUGGGCUCAAAAUUGGAAGCUCAACUUUGUGUGAUCCCAUUAUUGUUACCUCGGCUCGGGGUGCCAUCUGCAGCGAGUGCCUUAGCAGCAGCAAAGGACAGCGCAAAUCAUCAUCGAAAACGCAAGAAUUGGGUGAAGGCAGAAAAGGUGCUACAAUGGGCAUGGAAUAUCUGCAGGCGAUCCCAGAAUUCUUAUACACACGUGAUUGACGAAGGUGAAGACAAUAGACCGGGCUCGGAAGAUAAACUCGUGAAGCAAGCAACAAUUGAUCUGUGUGAGCUAUACCGGUGGGCCUUGAUAGAAAAGACCUCGAGGACAUUUGGCAUUUAUGGAAUCUGUUGGCUCCACGAGAAGUGUGGCCAAUCGGUAUCGGAGCGCGAAGUUAUUGAUCGCUAUUUCCUUGUUGCGAAUGAGUUUUCGGAGCAUCAAGCUAGCGAUGCUGACCUUGACAAUAUGGAAACGGGCUCCUUGAAAACUGCGCUACUGUUUGUCACCCAUCCUGCAUCCGAGACAACAAGAGUGCAAAAAGGGAUAGCCCUUUGCUUAGCGGCGGAAUAUAAAUGGGCGGAGGUGGCACUUGCGUUGCUCGAAUUAGGUGGCGAACCGGAGUUUCGAGACGCAAUAGGCAGAGUACCUCUAUCGCAUGCGGCAGAAAGUGGAAGUAUCACUAUCGUGGAAGACUUGAUGAAAUGGGGAAGUUUCCCAGACUCCGAGGAUUAUGCUCGAAGGACACCAUUAUCAUACGCCUCAGAAUUAGGUCGCCACGAAGUAGUUGAGCUGUUGCUAAGAGAUGUUCGCGUCUCACCAGACCCAACGGAUAAUUACCAUGAAACGCCGUUAUCAUGGGCGGCACAGAAUGGUCAUGAUACUGUUGUUAAACUGCUUCUCGAGACUGGUAAAGUCGAACCAGAUAGAAGGGACCAGUAUGAACGGACACCGCUAUCACAUGCAGCAGAGAACGGCCAUGACAGUGUUGUCAAAUUGCUUCUCGAGAGUGGAAAAGUUAAGCAAGAUAUAAACGACCACGAUAAACGGACACCACUUUAUAUGUAG